AUGGAGGACCUAAAGGUAGCGGGAGAUCUCUUACAGUCUCUCGACUACAUGUGCAAAAUAGACCUGAAGGACGCAUACUUUGCGGUCCCAAUUCAUCAGGCUCACCAGAAAUUUCUUUGUUUCCAACACAAAGAUAUCACGUACCAGUUCAAAUGCCUUCCUUUUGGCCUCACUUCAGCACCAAGGGUUUUCACAAAGGUUCUGAAGCCUCUUGCUGCCCAUGUGAGGAAGAUGRGUUUGARGAUAUGCAUGUACAUAGACGACAUGUUAAUCCUCAACUCUCAAAAGACAGGGGCUCAAAACGAUGCAUCCCUAAUGGUUUACCUGCUAGAAAAYCUGGGGUUUGUAAUCAAUUACGAAAAAUCUAUUCUUGUCCCUUCACARGAAAUGGAGUUCCUAGGCAUUCUGAUAAACUCCAGAAGUAUGUCUUUCUCCCUUCCAGCAAGCAAGCUCACAAACCUCACCAAGGAGUGCAAAUCACUGGUAAGUUCGGCUGUAGCUUCACAGGCGGACCUGUCACACAUCAUAGGAAAAAUGACAGCUGCCAAGGCUGCAGUUUUUCAAGCCCCUCUCCAUUAUCGGGCUCUCCAACACCAAAAGACCCGUCUAGACUUACUAAGUGUCCCAUUCAGCCAGAAAAGGAAACUGGAUUCAGAAUCCCUUUUAGACCUACAGUGGUGGGUAGUCRACCUAACYAAGGCAAACUGCAGAUACGUGAAACCUCUCCUUCCAGACCUAGUUAUCCAAUCAGAUGCGUCGGGGUCGGGUUGGGGGGCAGUAUGUCAGGAAACGAGGACACGGGGAACCUGGUCUCUAAGAGAGUCAACCCUCCACAUCAACUGUCAGGAGCUGCUAGCAGCGACAUAUGCUAUCAAAGCCUUCACAAAAGCUCGGUGCAACAUACAUGUCUUGAUUCAAAUAGACAACACCUCAGCAAUAGCAUAUGUGAACAAAAUGGGGGGUGCAAAGAAAGGGGUAUUAGACAGUCAUGCACGCAUGCUAUGGGACUGGUGUCUGUCGCGCAAAAUCACCUUGCGAGCAGAACACCUGCCAGGUCGCUUGAAUGUGACUGCGGAUGCAGANAUGAAGUCACAUUUGGUUCCCACGGGUCAAGAACGGUCGUGGUGGUUCGUUUUACGUGGGCGACCAUUGUGUAAAAAUUUCAUUCUCAUAGACGUAUUGGUUCCGAAGAUAUUGAGGGGGGCCGAAUGA